AUGAGUGAGCACGAUUCGGCGAUUGACAUUGACUCGUGGCGGCAUUCAGUUCCGAGCCGCCUCGAGCGCGAAGAUCCGUUUGCCAACGAUGGGUUUGGGGAGCGGCCCGUGACGCGGCUGACCUUCAGGGAGCAGGACCCUACAGACGAGGAAGAAGUGCAACGGCCGGCAUCGCGAUUCAGCGUCUUUCGUGCAAAGCUCUUUACGCCAAAACGCCAGCAGGGCCACCUCACCACCACCGACGACGACGAAUCCACCAUUUGCCCGCCGCGACCGAGCACAGCGCUGUCGACGGUGCGUCCCAAGAGGAAGAAUAAGAAACGGAGCGGCGGGUUCUUGGCGGGCUUGUUUCGGCGCGGCAAGAAGCGCAGCCGCGAGGAGUUUGAAGACGAGGACUGCUACGGCGGACAGGAUGAAAAGUCUGUCGCGAGGCUGUCGACUGUCGUCGUCGAGCCCGUCAUGUCGAAGCAGCUGCAUUUGAACUUUUUGUUUGUGGGAUGUCCGUCCGCGGGCCAGACUUCGCUGCUCAAUCGCAUUCGCUAUGGCUAUUUUCCAGAUACAUCCGUGAUGCCGCGCACCAGAUACGAGACAUACACACAUCAGCCGCGACACAGCGCCGCGCGCGUCGAGCUCUGGGAUACCUCUGGUGCGCCGGACCUCGCCACCGUGCAGCUCCUGGCCCAUAUUCACUGGGAUAUCAUUUUUCUCUGCUUUGAUAUAAGCGACCAUUCCUCCCUACAAGCUAUUGUCGCCUGGUGGAAAUUCACCGCCGAGCGCCUCUUUUCCAGCUCCAAACCACUCCCGCCGAGUCUGCGCCUGCUCGGCACCAAAAAGGACCUGCGACAUCGCGGCGCCUCGCUCCGCCGCUUCAGCUUGGGCUACUACUACCACCAGCUGCCGCUGUCGGCGUCGACGCAGUCCGUCAUUGCGGCGUCGGCGUGCGCGUCGAGCGCGCAGGCUGCGUGGCAGGCAAAACACAUCAAGGCGAAAUAUUACGAGUGCUCGGCGCUGACGGGCGAGGGCUGCGAGUUGCUGGUGGAGGAGGCGGCGGAAGAGGCGACGAGAAGGAUUGUGGAGAGGGAGUAUGAAAUGUACAGGAACUUUAAAAGGAUGGCGCUGGGGGGUGAAAAGGGGAUGGAAGGGGUGGUUAUGUGA